GCGUGCGUGCCCGCCUCCGCUCCCCGGUCGGCUGCAGGGUUGGAGACAACAGCAAUUUUGAUGUCUUGUCAAGCUUGUUAAAACAACAUUCUGUGCAUAGAAGAUUCUUCCUGGGAUACUUCCCUAACCAAAGAUGGCAGCCAAUAAACCCAAGGGCCAGAAUUCUUUGGCUUUACACAAAGUCAUCAUGGUGGGCAGUGGUGGUGUGGGGAAAUCCAAAUCCGCUUUGACCCUACAGUUUAUGUAUGACGAGUUUGUAGAAGAUUAUGAGCCGACCAAAGCCGACAGCUACCGGAAAAAGGUCGUUCUGGAUGGGGAAGAGGUCCAGAUCGAUAUCCUCGACACUGCUGGGCAGGAGGAGUAUGCGGCCAUCAGGGACAACUACUUCCUAAGCGGGGAGGGCUUUCUCUGUGUCUUCUCUAUAACAGAGCUGGAAUCUUUCGCAGCAACUGCUGACUUCAGGGAGCAGAUUUUAAGAGUCAAGGAAGAUGAGAACGUUCCCUUUCUUCUAGUCGGUAACAAGUCAGAUUUAGAAGAUAAAAGACAAGUUUCUGUAGAAGAUGCAAAAAACCGAGCUGACCAGUGGAAUGUGAACUACGUAGAGACCUCAGCCAAAACUCGGGCUAACGUUGAUAAGGUAUUUUUUGAUUUAAUGAGGGAAAUUCGAGCUCGGAAGGUGGAAGACAGCAAAGAGAAGAAUGGGAAGAAGAAGAGGAAAAGCUUGGCCAAGCGGAUCAGAGAGAGAUGCUGCAUUUUAUAAUCCAGGCCCAAACUUCCUCCUUAUCUUGACCACACUAAUAAACAUGAUUUAUAAGCA